CCCGCUUUUUCACUCCUCCUUUAUAUACUUUCUCGUUUCCCCCAAUUCCUUCUUUCUAUUUUAUCUGAACCACCAUACUUCUUCUUCUUUCUCUGAUCUAGGGCAUAACUAAACCCUAAUCGCCGAUUUCUCUACAAUUACCCCUUUUACCCCAUUUCCCGCCAUUUUAGUUCCUACCCUUCACUCUUUUCAACCCCAACGCUAAAUGGCAGAGGUGAAAGAUGAGAAUAAAUGUGAGGAAGAGGAGGUGAAAGGAGGAGAGUUGCUGUUUUGUGGUUCUACUAAUUGGGACACUGUUGGUAGGAAGAAAACUGGGGUUGAAGGCAAUUUGUAUUCGCUUAACCGUCUUCGCCCUCUUGUCGGAAUUGACAUUCGCUUCGUUGCCUCCGGUUGUGUUUCAUGUCAUUGCGUGGCAUUGGAUGUUGAUGGUCGGUGCUAUACAUGGGGACGAAAUGAGAGGGGACAGUUGGGACAUGGAGAUACUCUGCAACGGGACAGGCCCACCGUCAUAUCUGAACUCUCUAAGCAUAAAAUAGUGAAAGCAGACUCUGGGAAGUCACAUACAGUAGUCAUGACUGAUGAUGGACAAGCCUUUGCCUUUGGUUGGAACAAACAUGGACAACUGGGAACUGGUUCACUUAGAAAUGAAGUCGAGUCUUCUCCUGUACGUUGCCUUGUAUCUGAAGUCAAGGCAGUUGCUUGUGGUGGGGAAUUCACUGCAUGGUUAUCUUCUGUUGAAGGAGCUUCUAUAUUAACGGCUGGUCUUCCUCAAUAUGGUCAACUUGGUCAUGGAACUGACAAUGAGUACAAUACAAAGGAUAGCUCUGUAAGGCUUGCUUAUGAGCCUCAACCACGUCCAAAAGCAAUAGCCUCUUUCUCUGGAGAGACAAUUGUUAAAGUUGCUUGUGGGACGAAUCACACUGUUGCGGUGGAUUCCAAUGGCUAUGUAUACACCUGGGGCUAUGGUGGCUAUGGAAGAUUGGGACAUCGGGAACAGAAGGAUGAGUGGGCUCCUCGCCGUAUAGAUGUUUUUACAAGGCAUAAUGUUCUACCUUCAAAUGCAAUAGUUUCAGCAGGUGGUAUGAAUUCAGCAUGUACUGCUGCUGGUGGGCAAUUAUACAUGUGGGGAAAAAUGAAGAACACAGGCGACGAUUGGAUGUAUCCAAAGCCUCUUAUGGAUCUAAGUGGCUGGAAUUUGCGAUGUAUGAAUUCUGGGCAUAUGUUCCAUUUUGUUGGUGCCGAUUCAUCAUGUAUUAGUUGGGGCCACGCACAGAAUGGAGAAUUGGGUUAUGGACCCAAUGGGCAGAAAUCUUCAGCUAAUCCCAAGAAGGUGGAUAUGAUUGAGGGCAUGCAUGUUAUCAGUGUUGCAUGUGGAUUUGCACAUGCCAUGGUUGUGGUUGAUCGAACAGAUAUGUGUGAUCGUCUUGAUCAGCUUGAUGUCCAUGACGGAAAAGCAUCUGGAGAAGUUACUGAGGACAGUGCGCCCGUAGCUUCUGCUAAGAUAACUACAAAGAAAAGCCCCAAUGACAAUUCCAAGAAGAGAAAGAAGUCAAAGGAGUUGUCUGACUCAGAAGAAGACGACCAAGGAAGUGAUGAUGGCAGUGAUGGUGAAAGUGAUGAAGAGGUGGAAAAUGGGAGACAACGAGGUGGCAAAGCUGGAGGUAGAGGUCGUGGGAGGAGUAGCACCAAAAGUCCAGCUGAGACUAAAAGCAGUGGAAGAGGUCGUGGUCGCCCUAAAGGGUCAAGAGGGAAGGCGCGUAAGUGAAGAUGUUGAAAUUCAAUUUCCCGCUUAAAAAAGAGGAAAUUUUGUCUAAAUGUGUAGAGGUGUACUAUGUAGGCCUUUGGACCUGUUGACAAUUCAUUUUUCCCAUUCAAACAACAAGGAAAAGUGAGGAAGAGGAACGCUAGGUUCUUUCUUAGUCAUCGGAUUUUAAUUUAAUUGUUUAGUGCUAAUUAACAUUGCGCCGUGAGAAGUGGCACCUGAUUCUUGGAAGAAAUUGGGUUUGUACCUUUUUUAAUCUGAAAGGCAUUCCCAUUUCUGUUUUUUCAA